CUCAGUCUGCCCAAAUCCAGUUAUUCUCACUGUAUUGAGAUUUUUGACUUUUCAAAGAGGUGAAGCAGGUGACUUAUGUUUGAUAAUAGAGGGAAACACAAUGGGGCAGGCUGCAAUUAAACACCUAACAAGAACUGCAGAGAACACCCAAACCACCUCCACAGGUAAGACAUGGACAUGCGGAGCUGCUAGGAGGGUUGGGUGAUGAAGAACUUACCUUAGCAGGACAUAAAACUGGAGAGCCAGAGUGGUGAUCCCAAACAAGAACACUGUCACUUGGCUGCAUGGGACACAACCACAAGGGAGGCAUCAGACUGUUCCACUUAGAUCAACAACUUCAGGUUCUUAACAUGGAAAAUUCAGAGAAAACAGAAGUGGUUCUCCUUGCCUGUGGUUCCUUUAACCCUGUCACCAACAUGCACCUCCGGUUGUUUGAGCUGGCCAGGGACUACGUGAACAGAACAGGAAAAUACAAAGUUAUCAAAGGCAUAAUUUCUCCUGUUGGCGAUGCAUAUAAGAAGAAAGGACUCAUCUCUGCCCAUCACCGAGUUGUCAUGGCACAGCUUGCCACCAAGAACUCCAGCUGGGUGGAGGUGGACACCUGGGAAAGUCUGCAGAAGGAGUGGAUGGAGACUGCUAAGGUGCUAAGACACCAUCAAGAGAAGCUGGAGGCUAGCAGCUGUGAUCACCAGCCAGACUCCCCUGUGCUGGAAAUGCCCGGACGGAAGAGGAAGUGGGCUGAACACAGAUCAGAAUUUAGUCAGGAGAGAUCCCCAGAGCCAAAAAGAAAAGCCGUGCCGAAGGUCAAGCUGCUGUGUGGGGCAGACCUGCUGGAGUCCUUCGGUGUUCCCAACCUGUGGAAGAGUGAGGACAUCGCCAAAAUUGUGGGAGACUAUGGGCUCAUAUGUAUUACCCGGGCUGGAAGCGAUGCUCAGAAAUUCAUCUAUGAAUCCGAUGUGCUGUGGCAACACCAGGCCAACAUCCACCUGGUCAACGAAUGGAUCACCAAUGACAUCUCGUCCACCAAGAUCCGGAGAGCCCUCCGGAGGGGCCAGAGCAUCCGCUACUUGGUGCCAGAUCUUGUCCAAGAAUAUAUCGAAAAGCAUAACUUGUAUAGCUCUGAGAGUGAAGAGAGAAAUGUUGGGGUUAUCCUGGCUCCUUUGCAGAGAUACGUCGUAGACACUAACUCAAAUACUACAGCAUGAAACUUUGGACUUCCCUUUGGGAAUCUGAAACAGUCUGGGUGUUAGCAACUGGGAAAAGGA